AUGGAUGAGGCGGAGAAGGCACAAAUCCCGGGAGAGGUGUUUCGUGUCAUAGCACCGCGUGAUCAGCGGUCCCAAAGCAACUUUGUCGAGUUCCGCAACGACAACAAAAUCGUGUAUAGGCGCUAUGCUGGCUUGUAUUUUUGUGCGUGCAUCGACACGCACGACAACGAACUGGCUUGUUUAGAGGCCAUUCAUCUAUUUGUCGAAGUUCUGGAUGCUUACUUUUCCAACGUGUGCGAGGAAGAUCUUGUGUUUCAAUUCUACAAAGUGUAUGCGGUGCUCGAUGAAAUCAUCAUGGCCGGAGAAAUCACAGAUACGAGUGCGGCCCACAUACUGCACCGCUUGGAGCUCUGUACGUGUCUUGGGGGUGUUGCGCGCGGGAGUAUUGACGCCAGUGGAUCGAUUGGGGUAGUGUGA